AUAUGUCAACACAACAAUCGAGUCAAGCGGCAUCCCUGCUUAAGUUGUGUCCGGUUAAGAAAGAUUAACUUUGUUGACUUAAGUCAGUGUCUAUGUGGACGGAACAUACACCAAGAUGUCUCCGUAGCGCACAGAACGCAAGAUGCCAUGUUAUCUGCGUGCAUUUCUCCAGUGCACGGCGUUCGCCUUCGUGUCGUGGCUGUGCGUGUUCACCCCGGAGGACAUCCAGGGGAGCCGCCUCAGCGAGCUGACGGUACCCGACGGAGGGAGUCGUGACGUCGGGGACGAUGUCAAGAAAAGCCGUGGCUUGGCAGGCCGCGAGCCGAGCUCCGUGCUUGACAGGUGUAAAUCACAGUCAGGGUCCUACUGGGAUCCAUAUUGGAGACCACCUGAUGAUGUUUGUGGACUCAACUUCUUGGAAUCCUCAUUGAGAGACAGGACAGACUCCAAGAGCAAGAAGUGUGAUGAUGAGAGCAGUCACCUCGCCGUGGUGGCCUGUGGGCCCAGGCUGGAGGAGACGCUCACCAUGCUGAAGUCUGCCGUCCUGUUCAGCAAAAAGCCUGUUGAAUUUUACAUCUUUGCCGAAGACCAGCUUCACGACAGCUUCAGAGAUGUGCUGCACUCCUGGCCUCAAGAUGUUCAGACCAGGUUUAACUUCACCAUCUACCCCAUCAUGUUCCCUACGGAGAACGAGAAGGAGUGGAAGAAACUUUUCAAACCCUGCGCCUCUCAAAGACUCUUCUUGCCAUUGAUCCUGAAGGAGGUGGACUCCUUGUUGUACGUGGACACGGAUGUUCUCUUUCUGCAGCCAGUGGAGGACAUUUGGGCCCUCCUUGCUGAGUUCAAUGCCAGCCAGCUGGCCGCCAUGGCUCCAGAGCACGAGGAACCGCGUAUCGGGUGGUAUAAUCGCUUCGCUCGCCACCCUUACUACGGCCAGACUGGUGUCAACUCGGGGGUGAUGCUCAUGAACAUGACACGCCUCAGGGAAACUUUUUUUAAGAAUGACAUAACAGACGUUGCACUCAAGUGGAGUGAAAUGCUGAUGCCGCUUCUUCAAAAGUACAAACUCAACAUCACUUGGGGGGACCAGGACCUUCUUAAUAUCAUAUUUCAUCAUAACCCGGAAAGCCUUUAUGUGUUCCCGUGCCAGUGGAACUACCGCCCGGACCACUGCGUAUACGGCAGCAACUGUCAGCGGGCAGAGGAAGUGGGCGUGUUUAUUCUUCAUGGUAACAGGGGGGUGUACCACAACGAAAAGCAGCCAUCUUUUAAAGCCGUCUACCAGGCCAUCCAACAGUUCUCCUUCGGCGACAACAUGGAGAGCUCACUGCUUCAGCCUCUGGAAGCGUCCCUGCAGACCAGCAGCCAUUCCUACUGCGGACGGGUGAGCCGGCUGUUCACCAAGCGGCUGAAACAAAGUAUAUCAUCACUCAAGUUUCGGGCUCAGCCGUAGCUCCAGAACUCUCCCCUUCUCUCUUCAAUUGCACGUGCAAAAACACGUUUCCUUAUUUCCUGUCGCAACAAUAACAAAUUAUUGCACAUAAAUGAUAUUAUAGUCCCUGGACCAGAUCCCGUGUUGCUCCUCCUCCACCAGAGGGACCCACCUGAAGCAUCGACACCCUCAGGUGAUGCUUCACUCCUCUUCCUGGCUCCACCAUCACUGGAACGCUUUGUGAAAUCAGGUAUUCUAAAUGGUUCCGCUGACUCCUGACGGGGUUUUUAACUCCACGAAAACUACGCCAACGCUGUCCUGAUUGAGUCUCAUUCUCCUUGUUUCAUCUUUGUAUCUGAAACAAGACAAAACCAAGCACCUGGGGGUGUUUGUGCUCUACUCGGAGACAAUAUACUCACCUGAAAUUUAUCAUUUGCUCUUUUCUUCUUUUGAGUAUGUAUCGUAGAACAUUUACUUUUCAAACAUGACAUUUGUUAAAGACAUAUUAAACACCUAAUAAUCACAAUUACGGCCCGGGUGCCACAUGCGGCCCACCAAGCGUUUGAAUCCGGCCCGCCAGUUGCUUAUUAUUAUUAUUAUUUAUUAUACGGGCGCCAGGCACCGACAUUUUGUUGGCAAUUUCACUGCUGUGUUAUUGUGCAAUGACAAUAAAGGACGUCUAUCCAGCCAGCCACCUCUUACAUGAUUAGAGCUCACUACACAUGAAACAUGAAAUAACACCCCUAUAGUCACUGUGGCACUCGCAUCAUCCAAUAUAGUAGACACAAUAACUGAAAAUAAGACAUAGAAAUCCUGUUUACCACCUUCAAAAUGCACCUUUUAACAUGAUUAGAGCCCUCUAGACAUGAAAUAACACCCCUAUAGUCACCUUUACACUCAUAUUACCCAAUAUAGUAGACAUAAUAAGGGAAAAUAAGACAUAGAAAUCCUGUUUACCACCUUCAAAAUACACCUUUUAACAUAAUUAGAGUACACUAGACAUGAAAUAACACCCCUAUAGUCACUUUUACACUCCUAUUAGAGACUUUUACCCAGCCAUGAGAAAAAACACAUUCAGUAUAAGACAUAGAAAACCUGUUUACCACCUUCUAAAUAUGCUUUUGAAGAUUUUUAGAGCCCUCUAGACAUGAAAUAACACCCCUAUAGUCACUGUGGCACUCGCAUCAUCCAAUAUAGUAGACAUAAUAACUGAAAAUAAGACAUAUAAAUCCUGUUUACCACCUUCAAAAUACACCUUUUAACAUGAUUAGAGUCCACUAGACAUGAAAUAACACCCCUAUAGUCACUUUUACACUCCUAUUAGAGACUGUUACCCAGACAUGAGAAAAAACACAUUCAGUAUAAGACAUGGAAAACCUGUUUACCACCUUCUAAAUAUGCUUUUGAAGAUUUUUAGAGCCCUCUAGACAUGAAAUAACACCCCUAUAGUCACCGUGGCACUCGCAUCAUCCAAUAUAGUAGACAUAAUAACUGAAAAUAAGACAUAUAAAUCCUGUUUACCACCUUCAAAAUACACCUUUUAACAUGAUUAGAGUCCACUAGACAUGAACUAACACCCCUAUAGUCACUUUUACACUCCUAUUAGACGCAAUUACCCAGACAUAAGAAAAAAGACAUUCAGCAUAAGACAUAGAAAACCUGUUUACCACCUUCUAAAUAUGUUUUUUAACAUUUUUAGAGUCCUCUAGACAUGGAAUAACACCCCUAUAGUCACCUUUACACUCCUAUUACCCAAUAUAGUAGACAUAAUAACUGAAAAAUAAGACAUAGAAAUCCUGUCUGCCACCUUCAAAAUACACCUUUUAACAUGAUUAGAGUCCACUAGACAUGAACUAACACCCCUAUAGUCACUUUUACACUCCUAUUAGACGCAAUUACCCAGACAUAAGAAAAAAGACAUUCAGUAUAAGACAUAGAAAACCUGUUUACCACCUUCUAAAUAUGUUUUUUAACAUUUUUAGAGUCCUCUAGACAUGGAAUAACACCCCUAUAGUCACAUUUACACUCCUAUUAGCCAAUAGAGUAGACAUAAUAAUGUGGGCAAAUUGGGUAACCUUGUAACAGAUGAGCACUUGUUCCAUAUUUCAUCAUCUUGGUUGCUCCAUAUGGAACCGGAUCAAGAAGUGUUUGCCAAGGUUCCCUCUCAUCAUUGUCAGAGUCUGUUGUUGUUAGGUAGUCCUGGCAGCGCCAAUAUCGCCAUCAAACAUGCCGGGUUCCCUCUCAUCAUUGUCGGAGUCUGUCGUUGUUAGGUAGUCGGUGGUCACUGGGGGCAAUGCCCUUAUUUGGUUAAUCCUUCUAGAAUGCUAGCAAGCUCUCAAUGCAUUUGGAUUGUUCCAUUCCAACGUUGAAUCUGCUGUUUUUCCAACCACAAAAAAAAUCUUUUCUGAUGAUUUCUUGUACUUCAGGCUCAGUUGAGCUCAGAAAUUUCCAUUAUCCCCCCCCAGAUUUGUUACUCCUUCCAUGCACAUUUUAUUAUGAAAAGACAAUCUAAAUGCAAAUGAAUAAGUUUGCUUUGCCAUGUUUCUGUGGGUCUUUGUGGUUAAAUGAUUAGCAGUGCUUGGCUGCCACAAGCGCUAAUGAGACUUUUUCUGGUGUUUCUGGUGAAAUGCAUUUUUGGCUUAUUCCAUAUUGUCGUCAUAAAACAGGUGUGCUACUCACAAUGUAAGAAUUUUGUUCAUUUUCUUUGGAAAGUACACCAACGGUUGGCGACUCCAUUGGUAUGAAUGUGAGUGUGAAUGGUUGUUUGUCUAGAUGUGCCUCACAAUCGGUGGCUCACAAUCACGAUGCCUGGAUUAGCCUGCUGCUGUGUUUAAUCUAACUGUCAGGAGCAAAUAACGAGGCAAUCAGAGGCGUUCAUGUGAUUGGUUAAGAUUACACUAAACACUGGGGCUGCACGGCGCAGACCUUACAGCUAGGAGACCAGGGUUCAAUUCCACCC